CAGCAGCCUCGAAAAAGGGUCAAGAAAAGCCCUGACAGAAAUGCAUCACGAAUACAAGGUACAAAUGGAGAGGAAAAUAGCCCGAGCACCAUGGAGGGGGCAUCAACCCUUGAUAGCAUGCUCUAAGCUUUUGCCAGGGUAUGCUCUAAGCGGUAUGUAGACGGUAAGGUGGCUUGUCUAUCUUGACUUCUUACUUGGUGUUAGACACAUGAGCCGGACCGCGACCGCAUCACCUUUUCCACACCCACAUCUGUAUCCCAUGGGCCAUGGUUCGGCUGGAGUAUGCGUAUCGACAAUUCGCAGGGUGCAUAAUUUUCUAAUUUGGUCUCCGCAUUAUCCACUGAUAGUCUAAAGAAUCUUUAAUUAGCCGCUCUGUCCCAUAGUGCCCUAGAAACCCUACAACGCUCUCGGACCUAGUGACGAAGGCUAUCAACCACCCAAAAAGCCAUAUACGGUGAUUGCGCUCAUUUCCUAGUGUCAAUUCCUCUCCAGUCUUUUUUAUCUUUUCUUAAAGCGUGUAAGGAUCGUUUUGCUGCUUCCUCUGGACCCCAUUCUAGCGCCCUAUCUGCCGUUUUGCGAUUCGGUUGGCUCCAGGCAUGAGACGAGGAUCUUUUAGUGCCAUUGAUGUCCUGUAGUCUGUUCUCGUGUCACUUAAUCACUUAACUCGCUCUAGAGCAUAUUCUCUCGCCCAGUUGUACAUUCAACGUUCUUGACCUUUUCCUUCUCGACCAUUGUACAAAGACUUGGAACGAUUCCCGGUACACAACCACGCAUCACAGUUGUUCACGGCGACACAGCAGAACGCCUCAAUUCAUUCGGUAGCUAGACUUCUGCACUACUACUCUUUUACCGCCCGCUAUACAGAAUAUCCAUGGGACAACCGAUAUAGAAUUGGGCGUGGAUAGUGGUCAGCCCUCUGUACUGCAGAAAGCACAACAGCGAGGGAGAACGGCAAGAGGCCUGCGUUCUAGCUGAUAUAUCUGUAAGUGACAUUCUCGAUUCUGAAAGUAGAAGAAGCAUUGGACUUCCAUAUCUCUCGGGGCUUCAUGUGUUCAUGUAGUCAACCUUUGGACAGAGAAACUCAUGCAGCGCUCCGACUAACUAUUCCGAUGCUCGAUCCACAGAUAACCAAGUUAUCACCACCAUGUCUGUCGCGAGGACCCGGUCAAUGUCAAUGAGAUCCGGCCAUUCAUCCAAAGGCACUGGAGCCACAUUGGCUGAAGUCAGUAUGCCUUCGAUUACUAUACCUCGCGAUUUCGAACCCUGUGCUGCGACGGCCUCCAUGUUCCUGUAUGUGCAAGGAAAUACAGUCGUAUGCUGUCAUCACGAUACGCUUAAGAUUGAAAGACGGUUUGCGAGGCACACAGAAGAGAUACAGUUAUUAGCAGUGGAUAAUAUUAGUGAGAGAGGAGCCGGAAGAUUAGUUGUAAGCUACGAUGCUGGCCAAACUGCCAUUGUGUGGGAUUGCAUGACGGGGGAUGAAAUUGCCCGAUUUGCCAGUUACGAAAAUCUUACAGUGGCCGCUUGGAUGCGCAAUGGAAAUGUUGCAUUUGGUGCGUAUGGCGGGGUAGUGGAGGUUGGGGCUGCGUUGCUGAUGAAUUACAGGAAAUGCUCAAGGAAAUGUGAUUCUUUUUGAACCGACAACAUCAGAGCAUAUAUCCUCCAGAACUUUAGAUCAAAUUCCCAUUACAGCUUUGGCACCAGCAGCGGAUUGUAGAACAUAUGCAAUUGGGUAAGUAAAAUCUCAGCGGUACACUUUUGGAUUUUUCGCUGAUUUCAUCACAGAUUUUCCAAUGGGUCUCUCUUGAUUGCAGCAUUGCAACCAAGAUUCAUAAUUCUUCACAACUUGACAACUUCAAGAGGACCAUCACCAAUCGUAACACUAUCAUGGCAUGCAUCAUCAUCACGCCAGAAAUCGGACAUGCUAGCUUCUCAAACCAAUGAUGGUGACUUACGAGUUUGGAGCAUUGCUAAAUCACCCACCAGCAACGACACAGCGAAAGUAGUCCGGGUAUUGAAACGUUCCGAAAAUUUUCAAACCGGUCCCAAUUGGCUAGGAUGGUCCAAAAAUGGUCGUAUUAUCCAGUUUUCCGAAGGGUAAGCAAAAACCUAGUGCUCCCCCCUUAUUUGUCCCCCACAUUGCAUAAGGCCAUGGGCGCGCGCUUAGCAGCAACCACUUACACAAGGUGUGAUACAGGGAAACAUCGUCAUGGGACGUACGAACGAAACAGGUCACUUUCGAGAAAGUUCCGACAUUGGAUAUUGUGAAGGGUCUAGCUGUUUAUGGACCUGGAGCGACGCUCUUCACGCUGGGCCCAAACAAUACGGCCCAGCAAUUUGAUCUUAAUUCUCCGCCUCAAAUGGUGGCAAACGUUCAACAUCCAGCCAAUUUGUUGCCACCUUCGCCCCCUGUUUCUGUAGAGGAGCAGCAACAGCAGGCCGCUCAAGCGGUUGCCGCUGAAGUUUCAGCUGUACCAAUCAAUAUCGAUAUCUCCGAGAGUGACUCCGAUCGGAUGUCGCCGCUGGCCAGAAUUGCUCGACGUGGUGAUGAAAUCGAACAGCAAUUACGUGUCGAGGCCAUGGAGCCUGACCGCGCUGAACCAUUAUCUCCCGUAUCAUCAAGAAGUCAUACAUCAACUUCCACUAGAUCAUCUGCAAAUUCAAGGCAACAUACUAAUCGUUAUCAUGGUAAACAUUCUUCGGGCUUAUCGGCUGUAUCACGAGGAGGUAUGAGUGAAGCAACAACUAUGUCAUUUGGUUCGUCGAUUCAUACCGGUGCUACCCGAGAACCUUCUGUGCUUUCAAGUCGGGACUCGUACGCUCAGAGUAAUACCAGCUCAGCACGCUCAUAUCGUUCCCGACAUCGUGGAUCUCGGUUAAGACAAGAGGUACUCCGCAGUCCGGAUGAAGCGGGAAGUCAUGUCGUGGAACUUUUCAAGUACACAAAAUCCAGGCUGAGUGACAUUCCUUAUCGUCAACCACAAGUCUCAGACGGUGACCAUCUCACAAAUGAUGAUCUUCGUCUACAAAUGCUCAGCACAAUAUUUGGAUGGGACGGAGAAGCCGAAGGAUUGAUUCGUGAUGAGAUGAACCGAGCACCAAUGGGGUCUACUCAAAGAGUUCUCCUUGCAAAAUGGAUUGGCGACCUCGAACUUGAUAUCAUGGCUACGAGUUCCGAAUCAAUGACUUCUUCCGAUUGGAUGCUCCUUGCCUUGAGCGGAAUCGGAGGACACGCUUCUCAAACAAAGGUCGCCAGAGCAUAUGUUCAACGUCUUUUGGAAAAAGGAGAUGUUCAUACUGCUGCCACAAUUAUGCUCGGUAUGGGUGAUCAAAAUGAUGCAAUUGAGAUAUACGUCUCCCACAAACGAUUCAUGGAAGCAUUGAUCCUGACUAGUCAUGUUUUCCCAUCAGACUGGUCUCGACAAGCUGGCUUGAUUAGAAAAUGGGGCGAGUGGGCCGUUCAACAUGGUCAGCAACAAUUGGCCAUUCGUUGCUUCUCAUGCACAGCAUCCGAGUCUUCUGAACCUUGGACAUCACCAUCUGCUCAAGCUGCCACUUUCACAAAUAUCCAUAGCCAAAGUAUUCCAGAGGUACUAAGCCCUCCUCUAUCACCACCUAGCCACCGAGGUCCACAACGUAGCAUUGCCAAAACGUCAGCACUGAAGCUCAUCACAGCUUUCGGGGAUAAACACCAAAAGUCAAAGUUCUUUGGUAUCGAUAAUGAUAAGACACCGGUUGGUCCUGGUCCAACACCAAUUGAGGAAUCUGCCAUUUCUCCAGGUGGUGACACAGCACAUACUGCUUUCUUGAGACCUGGAAACCGUAGCGUUUAUCACACACCAGCCUCUGCACGAACCGCAACUCCAGGUGGCUUCUCACGUAGACGUCUUCCAUCUAUCGGUGAGACACCUAAUGAUGUCAUACCUCGAGUCAGAUUAGAACCUUUGAAUCUACCUACACCCGGAGAUUCUGGCCAAUAUAUUCGUGAAGCGGAGGUGGAGCCAUUGCAGCUGAGCUCGGCAACAUAUACUCCCAUCACGAAGAAUAGACCCACGACGCCUAUGACCCAGAAAAGGAUUGCCAAUCCAUUACCAUCACCAUCGCCAGAUACAUUUACCGCGAAAAAGCAAGACGAUCGUACGAGAAAUGGAUCACGACAUCGUAAACCAGAUGGUCUGCAAAUUCAAUGGCCACCUAUGGAGUCGAUAAUUACGGGUGAUUAUAUGACAUCUCCAGAGCAAACAGGAUCAUCACAUCACGGCCACAGAACUAACCGCUCAAUUGGAGAUCCUUUGAACUCUGCUGCUCUAUCAUCAGCCGCUUCCGUCUCAGCUUCAAGCAAUGCCAGAAGUCCAAUAACAAGCGAGAGAAGUUUCAGAACGACAAGUCCGGUAUACCAUGGUCGAAGUAUUGAUCAAUAUAUUAGCAGCUUGGAUUCCGCUACAUAUCAUAAGAGACAACAACGUAGUCGACAAGCUAGUCGGGAUCGAAGCGGAAGAGGCCGUAGCAGUAGCCGAAAGCCAAAGGCUCGUGAAGCUUCGGAAGAUAGAGGAAGGAAUAUUAAUCAAUACAUCAAACCUGCGAAGCGUUCACCAACCUCGCCUAUCCCAAUGUCACCUGAAGAUUUGAGAGAUCUGGGUGCUACAGUCUCCGAUGGUGAAGUGGUGAUUGGAGAGAAACAAUACCGGACAGAUAGCGGCACAGAGAUCAAAUCAUCCAGACAAGCAAGCCGAGUUCGACGACAAUCUCCCGAACCAAGCAAAGCAUCUAGUCGUCAAGCAAGUCGUAACGCUAGCCGUCGACCACCUAGUCCCGAUACCAGACUAGGAGGACGGGAUGCUCGUGGUCGAAGUGCAGGACGUGGCGGAUCAGCAAUCCGUUCGCCUUCUUCUCCAUUGCCAUUUUCACCUCAAGCAAAAUUCUACCAGGAAGAUGAGGUUGCUGAUUAUGAGGAUCUUAGAGCCGCAAAGGCAGAUCAGCUUGCUUUUAGAAUGAGAAGUGGUAGUCGUAUGAGAGAGCGUGGUACAAGUGCCGUUCGAGCUUCUUCACCAAAUGGAAGACGUCGUGACAGAUCUACAAGUCGAAGACCAUUAGAAGGUCAAAGAUCACCAUACAUGACUCGAGAUGGUGCUGAGUCUCAAACUCAGUUGCAAACACAAUCGGAGUCCGUACAGAAGGCCGCCGAACAACCUAAGAUGGAUCCAAAAGAUGAGCGAGCAUUAAAGAGAGAACAGGCUGCACGCGAGCUGGAAGAAAGACGUAAAUCUCUUGCUCAAAGACCGUUAGCACCACCGAUCAUUCACCCAGGAGAAUUAAGUGGUUUAUCUCCACUAGCUUAUCGUCCAACUACGAACUUUCCUGAACCCAGAUCUGCGCCAUCGUAUUCGCCUCCCAAAGCAAGUCCUCAAGCUCCCAGAAGCCAACAGACUACACCGAAUAAUAAUUCUCCAGGGAGCGGGUUUGGAUCAGCUCCAGAGUCAUCCGUGCAGAUUGGUUUACCUGCCACUCCAAGAGCUAUGCGUCAUCCUAAGUAUGAUCCUGAAGGUAACGGUGCAGAGAGUAUUCCACAAGUUCCUCAAAUUCCAGGGAGAUACGAUACAGGUCCACAAGCCCAAACUGCCACGUUGAGUGCAGCCGCCUUCAAUGCUUCAUCUGAUGGUCUACAUGACACAUUUGGACCUCUUCCAAAAACAGUGUAUCAGGCAUCUCAACCACCUCGUCGUAUGCCUCCUCGAUCUGCUUCAGCUCCUAUCCCAGAAGAGAGUUUCUACAAACCAAAUGUGAUCCCAGCAGGCUUACCAAUCCAUCCCGCAUUUCAAGCAGCAAUUCCAUCGAGUUCAUCAAGACGCACACCAGAUACCAGAGAGAGAAUGUCGCCCACUCAAUCUCCACGUAGACAAGCCUCGGGCGAUUUGCAAGGUGAGACUGGAAGUCGAAGCGGAAGUCCUGUUUACGCUAGUGGACCUGUCAAUGUAUUGACUGGAAUUGACGAGACGAUUGAGGCUAUUCAAGCAAUGCCCAUGCAUCAUCCAAACAAUGAUUUGAUUCCUCCACCACCACCGCCCCCACCAGCUCCACCCCUUCUCCCACAGCUCCAACAUUUGGCUCUACCACCCCCACCACCACCUGCUCCAUUAUAUAGACCCAAUGCCAACACCAAUUCCAUGGUCUCAGGUGUAUCAUCAGGAUCAGGUAUUUCGGGCGUAUCUUCUGGUUCCGGUGUAAUCGAAAUCGUAAUGGACGAUGAACCAAUCCCCAUGAUUCCCAAAAGCAAAACACCCACCAUACUAUCCUCCUCUACAAUGAACUCCAGCUCCAUAAUGGAACCACCACCAAUUCCACCAGCUCUUGAACGUCGCCGAACUUCCUCCGUCUCUCACAUCUACACACAUAACCGUGGUCGUUCGGAAACGGACAACUCCCUUUCCAACCGAUUCUCGCGCGCUGCAGAACGUUUGAGAAGUGCUAGUCGUGGUAGAAAUAAUUCCAGUCCUAUCAUUGAUAAAGGAGCUACGAAGAGUCCGAUUGAGAAUGGUAGUAGUCCAUAUGAAAGUGUUCCUGCUGCGAACUGGGCUCCACCACCUUCACUUAACAGGAGUGCUACUACGACUCCUUCGAGUGGAAUGAAAGCAGAGAGACAUCCUAUGGAAGUGAGAGCUGCUUAUCAAGCGAGUAUGGAGGGUGGAAUGAUUUGAUGGUUUUUUCUUUCCUUUUUUGCAUGAUAGGCGUUUUUCUUUUUCUUUUUUUGUUUUUAUCUUCUAUUCUUUGGAUAUUUGAAUUUUGCUUCAUUUUUUCCCGCUUCGAUUCUCGAUACCCUUUCUAUUCUUCCUUUUCUUCUUCUUCUUCUUCUUCAACAAGUCCUCUUCAUUCUUUUCCCAUUUCAAACACAAACAAACGCAUAACGACUUCUAGUAUAGCUUUCUCAAAAACUUUAUUUUUGGUGGACGGAUGGUGGAGGGUGUGCUGGAUGGAUGGGAAAAAUUUUUAUUUUUUUUUACAUAACAUUCUUGACUGUCUUUUACAAACAAACAAGAAAUUUAGGAUUUACAGAAGAAGCAGAAAGAUAAAAAUUUGGCUCAGGCUUAUGAUAUUAUGAGUCUUUAUGGGAGAUGAGAUUGGCGAUAGCGAUAGCGAUGUUGAUGGAUAUUUUGGAGUAAUUCUUUUGGUGCGAAGAUGAGGAGAGAGAAAUUUGUUCAUAAUAUUGUAUAUCUACUUCUGCAUCAUCUUUGAAUAUAUAUUUACAUUUUGCAUAUGAAGCGUUUGUUUCUUUCUUUUGUUUUGCAUUUGUUUGGGGUGGAGGUAUGUUGCUUUUUAUUCACUCUUUUGGCCCUUGCGUUGCUGUUGUUUUCUUGCGUUUGAAGUAGUUACGUCUUGGAUUUGUUUGAUUGAGAGGGAUGGAAUGGAAUGGAAGGGGUUAAGUGAUUGCUUAACUCAAGUAUCUUCUUGUUCCUAUGGGUUGGAAUCACAGUGCUGUGGUGUAUGCACGACAGAAGGCAGAAUAGUUGAGUAGGAUUGGGAUACAGGAGACCUAGGAAGAAAGAAUGGUACAAGAUGAGACGGAGCAGAGACGGAGACGGAGAUGGAAACUAAGAUGAGAAAAUGAGGCACGAAAUUGAUGAAUUUGAAUUUGAAUAUGACCAAAGCACAAUACCUAGUAUAGCAGUA